AUGCUGUGGGAAUUCCUGAACACAAAACAGGAACUGGUUUUCCUAGUUUCUGGAAUCACCGCUGUACUAGUCUAUCACCUCUACCGUACAUACUCGCGGCUGAAGCACAUCCCGGGUCCCUUCGUCGCAAAAUUCACGAACUUCUAUCGCUUCUUACUGGCGCGUCGUGGCUUCCUCCACUUGUACCUAGAUGCUGCUCACAAACGAUAUGGUCCCGCCGUGCGAUUCGGUCCCAACCUAAGCAACAUGUACCGCGCCUUCCGACCAUACACCACUGACGGCCUACUUCUCUCAGUCUUCACGGCAGCAGACGACGCAACGAAUCGACAGAUGAAGCAACAUAUCUCCGUGUACUAUUCGCUCUCGUAUGCGGUAGCCUCUUUUGAGCCAAGAAUGGAUAGUGCUACUCGAAUGUUCUUUGACCAGCUUGAUCAGAAGUUUGUGCCCACGGGAGCACAUUUCGACCUGACAAGUUGGAUGAAAUUCUUGUCCUACGAUACCAUGGGCUUGAUGACAUUCUCCCGUCCAUACGGGUAUGUCCAGCAUGGAAGAGACUUACACGGUAUCAUGGACGACGUCAAGAGGGCAAAUAUGAGCAUCGGACCGAUGACGCAAAUACCAGGGGUCGAUUGGCUCCUACAUAAAAAUGGAGUAGCGAAUUUCUUCAAACGCGAAUCCAUCGCUCCUCUGUUGGAUUACGUUCUGGCGCGUAUCGGAGAGCGUCGAGAAGAGCGUCAGAAAAAUCGUGACAAGCUCCCCAGUGCGAACGCCGACGGGCCCUGUGCAGACGGUGACUUCCUCGGGUAUUAUUUAACAGCCCAGGAGAAAAAGGAAAAUGUGCCCCUUCGAUUUGUGUCAACCUGGACCUUUGCCAAUAUUCUGGGAGGGGCGGACUCCACGGCUUCCAUGCUUCGAUCUGUGGUUUGUUUCCUCGUGGAACACCCUGACGCACUAGAAACGGUUCGGAAUGAGCUGCAAGAUAAGCAACGCAAUGCCGGGGGGCUGACUAUGCCUACUCCUCAAUGGCAAGAGCUGCAAAACCUUCCCUUCCUAGACGCUUGUAUUAAAGAGUCACUCCGGCUUGACGCUCCAUUUGCUAUGCCUCUCGAACGAGUGGUGCCUGCAGAAGGCGCGACAAUCUGUGGUCAAUUUUACCCAGGAGGUACAGUCGUAGGCAUGAGUCCCUACAUUGCUAAUCGCUAUCGGCCCACGUGGGGGGAUGAUGCGGACCUGUGGCGUCCUCGUCGGUGGUUGGAUGGCGAGCCAUCACAUAUAAGAAAACUUGAAGCCAGUUUGCUGAGUUUCGGAGCUGGGACACGAGGUUGUCUGGGCCAGCACGUCGCCAUGUUUGAACUCAAGAAGUUUGUCACGGCCUUAUUCAUGAACUACGAUGUGAGUACUGGAUCAUAA